AUGUCUGGAAAAGCGAACAAAGCAUUCACAAAAGAAGAGGAACUCCUCUUACAGGACUUUAGCAGAAAUGUGUCAACGAAAUCGUCUGCCUUAUUUUACGGAAACGCUUUCAUCGUAUCUGCCAUUCCAAUUUGGUUGUUUUGGAGGGUGCACGCCUUAGAAGUGAAUGCAUCAUUAGCCUGGUUUGUCUCAGUCACAGCAGUUAGCACAUGGCUGUUAGCACUCGCCUACCGCAACACUAAAUUCCAGCUGAAGCACAGAGUUGCCGUCCGCAGAGAGGACGCUGUCGCUCGUGAAAUGUCCAAAAAGCUUGCAGAUGAUAAGAAAAUGAGCAGGAAGGAAAAGGAUGAAAGAAUCCUGUGGAAAAAGAAUGAAGUAGCCGACUAUGAAGCCACCACAUUCUCCAUCUUCUACAACAAUGCACUAUUCCUGACCAUCGUUAUCUUGAGCAGCUUCUAUUUACUGCGCUCUUUCACCCCUACUGUUAACUACAUUGUGUCCCUUACAGCGGCAUCUGGACUUCUAGCUCUUCUUUCCACCGGAACAAAGUAA